AUGGCGGGCAUAACACUCUUCGGCGUCACCUUUUCCCUCGCAGCCAUAAUCGGUAUUAGCGCGGGAAUUCUCGCCGUCAUCCUCAUCAUCCUCUCCCUCCUCACCUGCUGCUGCUGCUACAUGUGCCGUGGCCGCAGCCCCAAGCGGCGUCGUUUAGAUGAGAUAGCUCCAGCACCCAUGUACCCGCCGGCCAUGUCAGCCGCUGGUCCUGGCGUGUACGCUAAGGGCAUGGGUUCACGCGGUGCACUACCGCCGGGCCCGUAUCAUCACAGCUUGUCUCACCAACAGAUGAUGGGUGGCACGGAGAUGCUUCCCCCGCGCUACAUCCCUCCGCCCUCGCCCGCGGCGCUCAUGCAGAGUCCCAUGAGACCGCUGCUCGGUGCACCGCCCCCCGCGGGGAAGCCCAGCGCAGGCGCGCAGGAGGAGGGCGUGGUGGCAAAGUGGGAGAAAGAUCUGCGCGCGGGGAUGUUUCGCAAGGUGGGGCUGGCGGAGGUGGAAGCGGCCACGGGUAAAUUCAGCAAGCGCGCGUUUCUUGGAGAAGGCGCGUUCGCGGCGGUGUACAAGGGGCGGAGUCCGUCCGGCGUGCCCUUCGGCGUGGUGCUUCUGGAGCUGUUCACGGGUCAGCGAGCGAUCAUGAUGAACAGUCGCAAGCCCGGCGGCGGCGAUGGCGCGAACCCCGUGCACAUCUCGCAGUGGGCCGCGCCGCUGGUGGCGGCAAAGUCGCUGGACGAUCUGGCGGACCCGAAAAUGGGAGGAGAGUUCGAGCCAGCGGUGCUGCUGCGCGCGCUGGAGAUUGCGCUGCUGUGCGUGCGCCCGUCAUCGAAGCAGCGCCCCGACAUGGGCGCGGUGGUGCGUGGACUGGCGGAGCUGCGCGAGCAAAUCAUGGCGCGCGACGAGCCCCCGGAGACGUUCGUGGAGGAGCACGCGCGCGGGCUGGAUGACCCUGACUCGGAUGAAGAGGCGGAAGCUGCGCAGGCGGAGCAGGGGCGGGCGGAAGGAAGUAUGCGGGUGGGGGAGGAAACGGAUGCGCCAUCGCAGGAGUAUUCGCGGGGCCCGGAAGAGCCGGAGGAAGAGAGAGACGACGAAGAAGGAGGGGAGGGGCUUAUUGGCGCGGCGGACGAGGAGCAAGGGCUAGUCGCGGGAAGCUACCGUGGCAGUGACAUCGGCGCGGGACCGAGGCAGCUGUCUGGCCGGCGCUCUUCUUCGGGCCGAAGCGGGCCAGAAGGUUCAGGAAGGAACCUCGGGAGUGCCUCUGGCGCUGGUUCGUCUGGGCGGAGGACAGAGGGCGAGCCCGGCAGCGUGAAGUACAGCGCGGGUGUGGAAACGUUUGAGACCGAGGAUGAGGGGGCGCAUGGUGUGGACCCCAGCAGCAGGCAGUACGGCGCUCCAGAGGCAGCGAACUCAAGGUCGAGUUACUACGACAGUGGGUUUGUCUACCCCGUGGGUGCGUUCGGGAACGCGUACGACAGCGGGUGGAUGCCGCCGCAUGGGGGCGACCGCGGGGAGGGUGGAGAUCGAGCAGGCAGCCAUGUGGUAGUGAACCUGGGCGCAGGCAGCAGGCGAUGA